AUGGGCCAGCAGCAGUCGAAAAAGAGCAGGAAGAGUGGGAAGGACAAAGACAAAGAGCCUGGCGAUUCAACCGUUCUUGAUGCUGCUGACAUCAACGACAACACCCCCCAAAGCACUUUAUCCCGUGCAACGCCCCCGAACGCCGCCCCUUCGAGCAGUAUACCGAAUGGUUCAAAUUCCAACUAUGCAGAUCAGGCUACGAAUGGUUCCCUACCUGAUGGCGUGGUGACAGGACAGAGCGAAAGUGGUUCACGACCUCCGGGCGACAGCACCAACGACAUCUCUUCCACCGUUUCAGCCAAUUCGUCAUCACCAUCCACAUCUCCCCCAAAUGUCGUGAAGCCCCCGCCUCUAGACAUCCCUAUUACGCAGACAAUUCUCUCCAACGCUAACGCCGUCCCUUAUCCCACACCAGGCUCCACAAACAGCUUUACACCCGGUGAUCCUGCCGGACUGGCUGCCGGGGCCAAUAGCAAGGACAGACUCAAACAAUUGGACAUCGACGACAUGAUUCAACGAUUACUUGACGUUGGUUACACCGGCAAAGUCAGCAAGUCCCUGUGUCUUAAGAACACAGAGAUUGUAGCGAUCUGCCAGGCGGCGCGGGAUGUGUUCUUGAACCAGCCGACGCUCAUUGAACUGUCUCCACCUGUCAAGAUAGUUGGCGACGUUCACGGGCAAUACUCCGACCUCAUUCGACUGUUUGAGAUGUGCGGAUUCCCCCCAUCCGCCAACUACCUCUUUCUGGGAGAUUAUGUGGACAGAGGGAAGCAGAGUUUGGAAACAAUUCUGCUCCUCUUAUGCUACAAGAUCAAGUAUCCAGAGAAUUUCUUUCUCCUCCGAGGCAAUCACGAAUGCGCCAACGUUACGCGAGUUUAUGGUUUCUAUGAUGAAUGCAAACGGAGGUGUAAUAUCAAGACUUGGAAGACGUUCAUCGACGUCUUCAACUGCUUACCCAUUUCUGCCAUCGUCGCAUCCAAGAUUUUCUGCGUACACGGAGGGCUAUCCCCGUCGCUGCAGUCCAUGGAUGAUAUCAAGCGUAUACAACGGCCCACAGAUGUACCUGACUACGGCCUGCUGAACGAUCUACUAUGGUCGGAUCCCUCCGACACGGCUGCGGAUUGGGAGGACAACGAACGAGGCGUCAGUUAUUGCUUUGGCAAGUCGGUCAUCAACGAGUUCCUGGCUCGAUACGACAUGGACCUGAUAUGUCGCGCACACAUGGUCGUCGAGGAUGGGUACGAGUUCUGGAAUGAUAGAACAUUGGUCACAGUAUUCAGCGCACCGAAUUAUUGUGGAGAGUUCGAUAACUACGGGGCCUGCAUGAGCGUCUCGGAGGAGCUACUAUGUGCGUUUGAGCUGCUCAAGCCUCUGGAUGGGCCUGCUCUACGGAAAGAGAUGACCAAGGCGAAGCGGAAAAUCAUGAUGGCGACGACGUAA